AUGGCAAGUACCAUGGCUUUUAACCCACAGACCAAAAAUCUGGCUUCCGCAAAAGCGGGUGCAGGACGCGUGCCCCCGCAUCAGACCCUAAAACAUGACCAAUCGAAGCAAUCCCAUCAGACAAAGCGACGCAGCCGGAGGGAAAAAGAGAUCUUCACGCGAGAAUCGGACGAACGUCGAUUUCUGAAUCGGACUCCUGGAGUAGUUACUUCAGACAGCCUUCAGAAAUUCUCCUCAAAACCUCCAAUUGAGACAUGA